AUGGAGCAGGACUGUGAAAGUGGUUUUCUAGAACCACCAAGCGGAAGAUUUGAUCUAUCUCCGCAUGGAAAACUAGAAUCAGAUGCAAAGGCGUUUAAAAAAGCUGCAGUUGAGCGUUUUGUUAAUGGGCUUGUGUACGUAGAGGGACAGGUGAUAACGCAACCGGGACAUUUAUCAGAUUCAAUUGUGCGCUCACUGAAAGAUCGUUUUAAACGAAUAGUUAAAAUAGGUCAGGGAAGUUUUGGAGAGGUUUAUAUUGUAUAUGAUACGGAAACGAAAAUGCAUCUUACUAUGAAACGUAUGGAACUCCUUCACGGUGCUGGAAGACGUGUCAUAGGUUUGUGUAAUACAACUUCCCGUGAAUUGAAUUUAUUGCGUAUGCUAAAACAUGAAAAUAUUGUUGAAUUAUUUGACUAUCACGUAGUACCAGAUGGAACAUUAGUUAUGUUAAUGCCUGUUGUAGCUUAUGAUCUUGUAUCAUUGAUUCGUUUGUGGCGAAAUGGUGGUCCUCGUGGGGAACCCACUACAGGUCGUAUGCCACUUUCAACCAUUAAAUGUAUUUUUCGUCAACUUCUUACAGGAUUGGCUUAUCUACAUAGGGAGCGAGUCAUGCACCGUGACCUAAAACCAAGUAAUGUAAUGAUUGAUGAAAAAGGUGUAGUGAAAAUUAUUGAUUUUGGAUGGGCCCGUUUUUGUCCUCCAAAGUGGCGCGGUCCAAUGACAGGACCUCCUUGUCCGGUAUGUUAUCGACCACCAGAAGUACUUCUUGGUGGACGACAUGCUGUAAGUUAUGAUGCCACUAUAGAUAUUUGGUGUUGUGGGUGCAUUCUAUUUGAAAUGCUUUCGGGUGGAAAGAUGUUUAUCAACGCACGCAGUGAAGCGGAGGCUGUAGCCGCCAUUAUUGAUUGGCUUGGCUCUCCAUCCUCUAAGAGUACAUUGUACUAUGGAAAUCCUGAUAAAUCUCUCAUAAGCUUCAAACAACACCGUCCUAAACGUCUGGAGCAUCGCUGUGAAUUGAUGCAUAUUGAUAAAGAUAGCGUAAGUUUAUUGAGUGAAAUGCUACAAUUAGAACCAAAACGAAGGAAAUCAGCUGAAGAAUUGCUGAAUCAUUCAUGGUUUUCUUCCGCCCCUGAGGCGUGUAAACCACAUGAGAUAUCGCUUCCUAGGUACAAUAUGUAUAGGUGGUUGGAAUCUAGACGUUCUCUUUAA